CUUCUGGAUUUCCUACAUAAACAAUAAGGCAACCUCUGCUCUCCACAGCUACCAGAUCAGCUCCACUACAGCACUUGGCACAUUUGUACUUUACCUUCUCUACACCGCCAUGUAUGUUGCACGAAAAGCUGUUAGUGUACAUGGUAGUAGUGGUGGUGGGGGUAGAAUGCAGGUGUCGACAAUAAGACCCUUAGCGGCUGCAGGUGGUGGGCACUUCAGUGCUGGAAGAGCUGGUGCUGGUUUUGGUGGAUUUUCAUCAGGAGGUGGCUCCAGCUUUUCCUUUAGCCCAAGUGGUGGUUCUAGCUUUGGUGGUGGUGGUGGAGGCUUUGGUUCCUCCUUUGGUGUAAGCAGUGGUGGCGAUGAUGGAUUUCUUGUUGGAAAUGAGAAGAUAACCAUGCAGAACCUGAAUGAUCGUCUGGGUGCAUAUUUAGAAAAAGUGCACUGUCUGGAGGAUGAAAACCAUAAACUUGAGCUGAAGAUCAAAGAGUGGUACAGUCAGCAGAUAGGAGGAGAUGGGGGACACCCUGGUCGUGACUACAGCCCUUUAGAGAAAGAAAUACUAGAACUUCAAAAUAAGAUCAUUGCUCUAAAUGUGGAUAAUUCCAGCUGGAUUUUGAAGAUUGAUAAUGCCAAACUCGCAGCAGAUGAUUUCAGAACUAAGUACGAAAAUGAAUUAGCUUUGCGCAAAGGAGUUGAAGCUGAUAUUCUUGGACUUCAACGUGUCUUGGAUGAGCUGAUAUUUAACAGGUCAGACCUGGAGAUGCAGAUUGAAGGUCGCAUGGAAGAGUUGGAUUACAUGAAGAAGAGCCAUGAUGAGGACAUGAGGACUGCCAGCAGUGAGAUCACUGGUCAAGUUAAUGUAGAACUUGAUGCUGCCCCCAGUACUAAUCUCGUGGAAGAAAUGAAUUCAUGCAGAAAACAGUACGAAGCAAUGGCCGAGCAAAUCCGACAGGAAGCUGAGAAAUCGUUUAAUGAAAGGGUUAAUGAAUUAAAGAAGUCUGUUGACAGUGACACAGAAGUUCUUUCAACACACAAGAAUGAGAUCUCUAAUUUGAGUCGUCAUCUUCAAAGUCUUGAAAUUGAGCUCCAGAGUCAGCUGGGGAAGAAAGCUACCUUGGAAAGAGCAUUGGCUGAUACAGAACAGCAAUACGGAAUGAGAAUUCAAGAAAUACAGUUUACGAUCCAUGCUUUGGAGGAGCAGCUUGCUAACAUCCGAAUACAAAUGGAGAGCCAGAGUCAAGACUAUCAGUUACUUCUGAACAUAAAACAACGAUUGGAACAGGAGAUUGAAACCUAUCGUAUAUUGCUGGAGGGGGAAGAUUCAAGGCACAAGUCUUCUUCACAAGGAUCUGGAUCAGGCUCCUCCCUUGGCUUUGGAGCUAGCUCCUCCUCCUCUUUUGGCAUUGGCUCUGGUUCCUCCUCCCAUGGCAUCGGCUCUGGCUCCUCCUCCCAUGGCUUUGGCUCUGGCUCUACCUCCCGUGGAUCUGGAUCUGGUUCCACUGCCCUUGGAUCUGGAUCUGGCUCUGGCUCCUCCUCCCAUGGCUUCGGCUCUGGCUCCUCCACCCAAGGCUCUGGCUCUACCUCCCGUGGAUCUGGCUCUGGUUCCACUGCCCUUGGAUCUGGCUCUGGCUCUGGCUCCUCCUCUAUCAUAUCCCAAGCUACCUCUAUAAAAGUUGAUCAACCUAAGCCAGUUACUCCAGAACCAGUCAAAGAACCUGUAGCGACCAGAAAGACAAAGGUCAUCAUCGAAACUAUUGUAGAUGGUAAAAUCCAAUCAACUGAAGUCAAGGAAACUGAAGUGCCAAUUACCAGAUAACCGUGUUGCUACUAUCAAGUAGAGGGAAGCUUUCAUCUAUGGAGCUAAACAUGAAAGCAAAGAAUUAUGCUUGGUUUCAGAUUUGUUGUCUUUUAUGGAGAGUUCUUUUUUUUUUCUUCAAACCUAACAUUCAUAUUCAUUGUCAGGAAAAUAAAAAUCACACAUUUUAAAACUAACAUUGAUUUUUCAUAGCAAUGCAAAAAAAAUAAGUUUUGGAAAUUGUUUUUCAUUAAUCAUAUCUGUCGGUUGUUAUUUCACAGGUAGUAAGAGAUAAGCUCCAUUCAUUGUGAGAUACCUGAUACUUAAAGCUCUUCAAGUAGUAUAAACACAGAAGCUGUAAUCCAGCUCAUAGCUUUUAAACUGCAACAUGUGAGUUUGAAUCUACAUAAUGACCAGUAAGCUUUCAUACUUAAAUGCCAUCACAAUGCUUUUAGCUAUAAAAAUGCUUGUUUACAAAAUUAAGUUUUGAAUACUAAGUCAUCAAGAAAUAUUUGGUCCGAGUGUCAGAUUUCAAAAGUCACUAUCCAGAGUACACACUUAUUCAGAAAAUCUAAUUUAUUUCCCAAAACAUGAUUAUUGUAUCCUAUAUUUAUAUUUGCCCAAAAGUCAUAACCAGACAUCGGGAACCACUGCCAUGAAGAAACUGUCUCUAGGGAACAUACAGCUGUCUUUGCUAGGUAAUGCAUUUUUUUCAAUUAUUCAUAAAUAAAGUGUACCUUCCUAA